AUGAGCGAGUCGCGACAGCUCUUGCAUGAGCACAAUUCAGACAGCGAGGAUGACCUUGCAUUUAGCCCAAAAGCAGGUUCUAGACACCUGUCACCGUCCCCUUCGUCCUCACGAGCGACCUCCACAUCCCCUGCAUAUCCCGGCACACGACCGAAUGGCAACAGCUUCAAGCGUCAGUCGUCCUUCGCGCAUCCGAGACCAGACGGCACGCCACGGACACCCAACCGGGUACGGUUCGAGGAAGAUCCGGUACGCAGGAGCAUGAAUGGCCAUGCACAAGGCGCAGAAUGGAUAGAACUGGAGGGCGAGGAUUACCUGGAGGGACACGGAGACGAUGGCCGAGAAAGAGUGCAGAGACUGCCUCUGCUCACAGGCAUUGAGGCGCCAAGUGUCACAGUCGCGGCCGACUUCGACCCCGAGGACCAUCUCGAGAGCGCCAAGCCAAGGAGUGGCAUGCGCAAUUCGUUCAUGAAUAUGGCGAACAGUAUUAUCGGCGCCGGCAUCAUCGGCCAACCCUAUGCCUUCAAGAACGCGGGCCUCCUGGCAGGCACCGUCCUUCUCAUCGGCCUCACCGUUGUCGUCGACUGGACCGUCUGCCUGAUCGUCAUCAACUCGAAGCUCAGCGGGACCGACUCGUUCCAGGCGACAGUGCAACAUUGUUUCGGCAAGUCAGGACUUGUGGCUAUAUCGAUAGCGCAAUGGCUCUUUGCUUUCGGCGGCAUGAUGGCAUUCUGCGUGAUCAUUGGAGACACAAUACCCCAGGUCAUGGACCAUAUGUUCCCUUCUCUAGAAGACAUGUCUUUCCUCUGGCUGCUCACUAACAGACGAGCCGUUAUGGUCCUGUUCGUCUUGGGCAUCUCGUACCCGCUAUCCCUCUACCGCGACAUCGCCAAGCUUGCCAAGGCCAGCGGUUUCGCCCUAGUCAGCAUGAUCGUCAUCAUCAUCACCGUCGUCACCCAAGCCUUCCGCGUCCCCGCUGAAUCCAAAGGCCAGCUGCGCGGCUCCCUCAUUAUCAAUGACGGCAUCUUCGAAGCCAUCGGCGUCAUCUCCUUCGCCUUCGUCUGCCACCACAACUCGCUCUUGAUCUACGGCUCGUUACGGAAACCAACAAUCGACCGCUUCAGUCGCGUCACACAUUACAGCACCGGCAUCUCACUCGUCGCGUGUCUCGUUAUGGCCUUGUCUGGAUAUUUGACGUUUGGCGACAAGACCCUUGGCAACGUACUCAACAACUUUCCCCAGGACAACCUGAUGGUGAACAUUGCAAGGUUGUUCUUCGGCCUCAACAUGCUCACCACACUCCCUCUCGAAGCCUUCGUCUGUAGAGAAGUCAUGAACGAGUACUGGUUCGCAGACGAACCUUACCACCCCAACCGACACAUUAUCUUCACCACCUCACUCGUCAUCUCUGCACUCACACUUUCCCUUAUGACCUGCGAUCUCGGCGUCGUAUUCGAGCUUUUCGGCGCUACGAGCGCGUGUGCGCUCGCAUUCAUUUUGCCGCCAUUGUGUUUCAUCAAGUUGACGAAAAAGAGGAACGCCCAGACGUACCUGGCUAUGGGUGUUGUGGCUUUCGGAUGCACGGUGUUGGUUAUCAGCAUGAUCAAGACGACUACGAAGCUGGCGAUGGGAACGGGAGAGCCUGUCAAGUGCAGUUAGCGUUGCUUGCAUUUCAAAAAAAGGGUUGCAUGGGCGAUGUUCGGUGUUCAGGACUGGGAUUGGGUAGAUGGAGCAUUUAAGGGGCGCUGUACACAUACAAGAAGAAUAUCAAUAUGUUCAACCAGCCCG